CAGGAUGCGUGGACGGUGAUCAGUGCUUAUUUUGCGGAGAAGGGGUUGGUCCGACAACAGCUCGACUCUUUCGACGAGUUCAUCCAAAAUACCAUGCAGGAACUGGUUGAUGAUAGCGGUGAACUGACUGUGAAGCCAGAGACUCAAUACACGCCUGGACAGGAGUCUGUAACGCGUAGCACCUUUGCUGUCUUAUUUAAUCAAGUGUACGUCUCGAAACCAACUGCUACCGAACGAGAUGGUACUACAAGUAACAUGUUUCCCCAUGAAGCUCGCUUGCGUAACAUGACUUACUCAUCCCCGAUGUAUGUGGACAUCAGCGUGAACUCGGCCUGUCGAAUUAGAAUGUUGGCUGAGGAUGGCAGUACCCACAGAAUUGACUCACCGAAAGAAUUCCUUGGAUACGUUCCGAUCAUGUUACGCAGUCGGUUUUGCGUUCUUGCUGAUAAGUCUGAUAAAGAGCUCUGUGAGCUUGGAGAAUGCAUAUAUGAUCAGGGGGGCUACUUUGUAAUAAAUGGCUCUGAGAAAGUUGUUGUUGCACAAGAGCGUAUGUCCAAUAAUCACGUAUACUGCUUCCGGAAGAAGCAACCUCACAAGUACUCUUGGGUAGUUGAAUGCCGAUCUCACGUGGAACAUGGUGCACGCCCGACGAGCACUAUCUAUAUGCAAAUGUAUAACAAGGCAGGUCGUGGCCAAUCUCAGGGAAAUCAAAUCCGCAUGACUUUACCGUACAUACGUGUGGAUGUACCUGUCAUCAUCGUUUUUCGAGCUUUAGGUUUUGUAGCAGAUCGUGAUAUUCUCGAACAUGUAGUUUACGACUUCUCAGAUACAGAGAUGAUGGAGCAGCUGAGACCGUCACUAGACGAGGCUUUUGUGGUUCAAAACCAAACUAUUGCUCUAGAUUUCAUCGGACGUCGGGGAAGUGCCACAAAUAUUGGACGUUCGAAGCGCGUUCAGUAUGCAAAGGAGCUGCUCCAGAAGGAAGUUUUGCCACACGUUGGCACGGAGGAACAAUCAGACACGAAGAAGGCCUUUUUCGUCGGAUAUAUAGUGCACAAGUUGCUGAUGUGCUCACUUGAACGCAUUGACGAAGAUGAUCGGGAUCAUUAUGGCAAGAAACGCCUUGAUCUGGCUGGACCACUACUCGGCGGGUUGUUCCGGAUGCUUUUCCGAAAGCUUACCAAAGAUGUACUUGCGUAUCUACAGAAGUGUAUUGAUGAGGGUCGUGAUUUCAACCUCGCGUCUGCAAUCAAGUCACGUGUGAUUACUGAUGGUCUCCGAUAUUCGCUAGCUACCGGAAACUGGGGUGAUCGAAAAGAUGCUUCGCGUGCUGGCGUAUCGCAAGUACUCAAUCGACUUACAUAUGCAUCGACUCUUUCCCACCUAAGGCGUUUGAACACUCCUUUGGGACGAGAAGGCAAACAAGCUAAGCCACGACAGCUACAUAACACUCAUUGGGGGUUCAUUUGUCCCGCUGAAACCCCAGAAGGUCAGGCUGUCGGUCUUGUCAAAAAUCUAGCUUUGAUGUCUUAUGUUUCGGUCGGCAGCCCCCAAAGCCCCAUUCUUGAAUUCCUCGAGGAGUGGUCCAUGGAGAACCUCGAGGAGAUAUCCCCGCAAACGAUUGCUGACCCAGGUACAACCAAAAUCUUCGUAAACGGGAGUUGGGUUGGUGUUCAUCGUGACCCAUCAACCUUGGAAUCGACUUUGCGAUCUCUUCGAAGGCAAAUCGACAUUGAUCCUGAAGUUUCCGUUGUUCGCGAUAUCAAGGAGAAAGAGCUUCGUAUAUACACCGACGCUGGGCGUGUGUGCCGCCCACUCCUUAUUAUAUCAAAAUUUUCUCGCCAGGAACUACGAUUGCGUAAGUCACACAUCCAAAAGCUUGUCAAUGGUGAACUUGGGUGGACACAGCUUCUUGUAAAAGGUCUGGUAGAGCUGGUUGACACAGAAGAGGAAGAAACUACCAUGAUUGCCAUGGUUCCGUCCGACCUGAAUGAGACUUACUCCUCGACUUACACUCACUGUGAAAUACAUCCAUCAAUGAUCCUGGGUAUAUGUGGGUCUAUUAUUCCCUUCCCUGAUCACAACCAAUCUCCUCGAAACACUUAUCAGUCAGCUAUGGGCAAACAGGCCAUGGGUAUCUAUGCCUCAAAUUUCCAGCAACGCAUGGACACUCUCUCACACGUACUACACUACCCACAGAAACCACUCGCAACUACUCGAGCGAUGGAACAUCUUCACUUCCGCGAACUUCCAAGCGGCGUUAAUGCCAUAGUUGCCAUCAUGUGUUAUACAGGCUAUAAUCAGGAAGACUCGCUAAUCAUGAACCAGGCGGCGAUCGACCGCGGCCUGUUCCGUUCUACUUUCUAUCGCACUUACGUUGAUCAGGAAAGUAUCCGAGGUCUAGGGGAAGCUUUUCACGAGACUUUCGAGAGGCCAACUCGAGACCAAUGCACGGCCAUGCGACACGGUUCAUAUGACAAAGUGGAUUGCGAUGGUCUAGUAGCUCCAGGAUUGCGAGUCUCAGGCGCUGACAUCCUUAUUGGAAAAACGGCCCCUACAACUCCCCUUGGAAUGGAUGGCAAUCUAAAUCACUGUCAGUUUACCAAACAGGAUUCAUCAACAGCAAUGCGUCCCAAUGAAUCUGGCCUCGUUGAUCAGGUAAUGUUGUCAACCAAUCAAGAAGGGAUGAAGUUUACGAAAGUGCGGACACGCACAAUUCGCAUACCUCAAAUUGGGGACAAAUUUGCCUCGCGGCAUGGGCAAAAGGGUACGAUAGGAAUGACGUAUUCGCAGGAGGACAUGCCCUGGACUCGGGAUGGGGUAUCCCCUGACAUCGUCGUGAAUCCUCAUGCAAUCCCUUCGCGCAUGACUAUUGGUCACCUGGUCGAAUGUCUGCAGUCUAAGGUAGGUGCACUUACUGGCAAAGAAGGUGAUGCCACGCCAUUCACUGAUGUUUCGGUUGAUCAGAUUGCUGGGGUGUUGCACGAGCUUGGCUACCACAGGCAUGGCAACGAAGUCAUGUACUCAGGUCAUACAGGACGAAUGAUCCAUGCAAAGGUAUUUCUGGGUCCGACAUUCUACCAGCGCUUGAAACACCUCGUUGAUGAUAAGAUACAUGCUCGUUCGCGUGGUCCUGUAACAAUGCUGACGCGUCAGCCCAUGGAAGGCCGGGCUCGAGACGGAGGUCUACGCAUGGGUGAAAUGGAACGAGACUGCCUUGUCUCCCAUGGCGUCUCUAGUUUCUUACGCGAUCGCAUGUUUGCAAACUCUGACCCUUAUGCCGUUCAUGUGUGCACAUCCUGUGGGAUGAUUGCUCACGCUGACUUGCGGAAGCACUUGUACUGGUGCAAUAACAAAGACUGUCAGCAUGCCAAAGCAAGAAUUGUCCGUGUUCAUAUCCCAUAUGCUUGCAAACUUUUAUUUCAGGCACGUGGCAAAGUUGAAUUACAGUUAAAUAAGAUUCAUUGCACAGGAAUUGAUGGCGAUGUGUAUCGCGCCGCGCAUUCAAGUAUAAUGCCAUGCAUCACUUUGGACUAAUCGCAUUGCUCGUGGGGGCCAAGCAAGCUGGGGCAGAAACGUGAUCGUCAAAUACUGACAUUCGGAUUCGGGCACUUGGGCCGGAUGGAUCGACUUCUGGGGCCGUACUUAGCUGCCAGGGUACCUACGUUAACGUUAAUCUUGACAGGGAACUGUGCUGACCUGACCUCGUACCUGACCUGACUGAACUGGCGCCACGGAGCACGGGGCUGACUAUUAGCUCGUGGUCCCCCGCUGUGGUCAACCAAAGGGGCGGGGCCCGCUGCGGGGGCCCGCUGGCGGGGCCUAGGAGCCCGUGGGAAAUACGACGCCUUCUAGUUUUGGGCCUGCCCGGGGCCCCGGCGCCUGAGUAAAGCCCCCAGCCGCCGGCCCAGCUUGAAGGGGAAUUGUCCGGCGACUGUGCAACCUC